UUCACUUGGUAUUAGCAGGCGGCCGUCGGCGUUCCCUUUUCGUCUCGCGAUAACAUAAACAAACAUUUAUUUUUCCUUCUUCCGAAUUGUCGGCUCCAUAAACCGUAUUUUCUCCCCAAAUGCUCAGGUCCGCACCAGUAACGUACCCCGUAUCAUAGUAACUAUAAAAACAUUAACGACACAACUAAAUAGACUCGCGAAAUAAUGGGCGACAAUGACAAGCUGAACAUCGACAACAUCAUAUCGAGACUAUUGGAAGUACGCGGAGCCAGGCCUGGCAAAAACGUGCAACUGUCUGAAGGUGAAAUUCGAGGGCUAUGUCUAAAAUCCAGAGAGAUAUUUCUCUCUCAACCAAUACUGCUAGAGCUGGAAGCACCGUUAAAAAUUUGUGGGGAUAUUCAUGGUCAAUAUUAUGACUUGUUGCGACUAUUUGAAUAUGGCAGUUUUCCACCAGAAUCUAACUACUUAUUCUUGGGUGACUAUGUAGACCGCGGAAAACAAUCAUUAGAAACAAUAUGCCUGUUACUGGCGUAUAAAAUAAAAUACCCUGAAAAUUUCUUCCUGUUACGUGGCAACCAUGAGUGUGCCAGCAUUAAUAGAAUAUAUGGUUUUUAUGAUGAGUGUAAACGGCGAUAUAAUAUAAAACUAUGGAAAAUAUUUACGGACUGCUUCAAUUGUUUGCCUGUGGCAGCAAUAGUCGAUGAAAAAAUAUUCUGCUGCCAUGGUGGACUUAGCCCAGAUUUGCAAUCAAUGGAACAAAUUAGGCGAAUCAUGAGGCCGACAGACGUGCCUGAUCAAGGAUUAUUAUGUGAUCUACUAUGGUCUGACCCAGAUAAAGAUACUAUGGGCUGGGGAGAAAACGAUAGAGGUGUUUCUUUCACAUUCGGUGCCGAGGUUGUGACUAAAUUUUUGCAUAAACACGAUUUCGAUCUCAUAUGCAGAGCUCAUCAGGUCGUGGAAGAUGGUUAUGAGUUCUUUGCAAAAAGGCAACUGGUUACAUUGUUUUCAGCACCAAAUUACUGUGGAGAAUUUGACAAUGCUGGAGCAAUGAUGUCUGUUGACGAAACAUUGAUGUGCUCAUUCCAGAUACUAAAGACUGAUAGAUUCAAGUACUGGAGGCGUAUAAAAUUCUAUGAUGCUAAUCAAUCUUUUCCAUUGUCCAAUUACCGGCAGACAAAAGAAAAUACAUGUAUGGAGGGUUGUCCUCCGGUAGACCAGUAACACCUCCCAGAGGAUCUGGUAAACAAGGAAAAAAUAAGAAAUAACCAAACUUGAUGCAAUAUAAAUUACUAUAUUUAGGUAUGCUACAGCAAAGAAUAAUUUUAAAAAAUCAAUGUUAUUUAUAUAAAGUAUGGAAAAACAAAUGAAAUUUUUUUUAUAUAGGAAAAAAUUGUAUCGAGUAGCUAGUUAAAAUAAUAUUGUAUUUAAAUCAUUAUGUACCUUUAAACUCCAACUUAACGUAAAUCCCAAGAUCAUUUUUAUUAACUUUAAAUUUGGAGUAUUUUUUUAAUAGUUUAAUAUUAUUGAUAUAUUGUAUUUGCACUUAUUUUUCCAACUCGUCAUUUCUUUUUUUUUUUUUAGUUAAGGCCUUUUAAGUUAUAUUUUAUUUUUUUUAACUUAGUUUUUUCCAUACAUUUAAAACUGCAUACAAUUAUAUAAAAAAAAUGACGUUGCCAUUUAUUCGGAUUAGUUACUCCAAAUAAAUUGAAACAAUAAAAUGAUCCACUUAAUAGUUUUAAUUAUUACCAACUCUUGAUAGAAUUUAUGUUUUACAUGGAUUGACACUCAAUUUUCAUC